GUUUUUAAGAAGAGCAGAGAAGAGACAGAGAUCAGCACAGUGAGCAUUAAUAACAGAAUCAAACAAAAAGCAACCUGCGAUUCGAUUCUUGGCGGGAACUCGAAUCUCAGGAUUCCUCUCCGGUGAUAAUCUCAACGGUCGAGUUUCUGGUUGCUUUUCUUUAGGCGUUAAGCCUGAAGUGAACCAUGGCGGAUCCAUCUAACAGUCACUCAAGCUUCUGGACUCAGGCCAACGCUCUCCUCAGGAAGAACUUAACCUUUCAGAAACGCAAUAUCUCUGCAAAUGUCCGGCUCAUCAGCUUUCCCUUUUUUCUCUCUGUACUUCUUGUUCUCAUUCAAAGUUUAGUCAAUAAUCAACUUGACAGUGCUAGUAAUAACUGUGGCUGUGCUUGUAUUGAUACGAAUGGGGAUGGUCGGUGUGAGAGAGUUUGUGGGUUACAGUAUUCAGACUUGGAUCAGGCAGGAACUUGCCCCAUUCCUAGUCCCCAGGAAUGGCCUCCACUCUUACAAAUUCCUGCUCCUGAAUAUCGUGCAGUGAGAACUGAUUUUGUUUCAUUCACAGACUUGCCAGAUGAGUCAUGCAGGAGUACAGGGUCCUGUCCUGCAACUCUUCUAUACACCGGCAAUAAUCAGUCUCUUGCAGAAAUUUUGGCUGGGAGUAUGUUCACGACUUCAUUCACUCUAAAUUCCUCUAAUAUUGUGGGUACUUUAGCUGAAAACGUUGUGGGUUCGGGAACAAAGCCUCAAACACAAAAUUUUCUGGAACCUGCUUUCUUUUCAGACGAUCCCAUUUAUUAUGCACAACGUCAGUGCUCAGCAAACUCAACCUUCACUGUCUCUGUGCCGCUGUUAUCUACCGAGAUAUCACAAGAGGUAACAUGUGUUCAAGGUUUGCAUCUGUGGCGCAAUAGUUCUCUUGAGGUAAACGAUCAGCUUUAUAAAGGUUACCGAAAAGGAAACCAGGAGAGGAAGAUUAAUGAGAUACUUGCAGCGUAUGACUUCCUAAAUUCCAAUGGGAAUAAUUUUAAUGUGAGCAUCUGGUACAAUGCAACCUAUAAAAAUGACACAGGCAGUUUUCCUAUGGGAUUGGUGCGCGUUCCGCGCUCAGUGAAUUUGGCAUCAAAUACCUACCUUCAGUUUUUGCGAGGGCCUAGUACAAGAAUGCUGUUUGAGUUUAUCAAAGAAAUGCCUAAAUCUCAAACCAGAAACAGGCUGGAUUUGGCAUCUCUUCUCGGACCACUUUUCUUUACAUGGGUUGUUUUACAGCUGUUCCCGGUGAUCUUGACGUCGCUAGUUUAUGAGAAAGAACAAAAACUGAGAAUCAUGAUGAAAAUGCAUGGGCUUGGAGACGGACCAUAUUGGCUGAUUUCUUAUGCUUAUUUUCUUUCUAUAUCUUUGUUGUACAUGCUAUGCUUUGUGAUAUUUGGCUCAGUCGUAGGGUUGAAAUUCUUCACACUGAAUGACUACAGCAUCCAAUUUGUGUUUUAUUUCAUUUAUGUAAACCUACAAAUUGCUCUAGCCUUUCUGAUUGCUGCAAUGUUUUCAAACGUUAAGACCGCUGCAGUGAUAGGCUACAUUAUAGUCUUUGGAUCUGGACUCUUAGGCGGCUUCCUUUUCCAGUUUUUUGUCGAAGAUGCAUCAUUCCCACGAGGAUGGAUCAUUGUAAUGGAGCUAUAUCCUGGCUUCUCUCUCUAUCGUGGACUAUAUGAAUUUUCAGACUAUGCUUUCACUGGCAAUUUCUUGGGGACUGAUGGGAUGCGGUGGGGAAAUUUGAGUGACAGCGAAAAUGGAAUGAGAGCUGUCUUGAUCAUCAUGGUUGUUGAGUGGCUUCUUGUACUUUUGGUUGCAUAUUACUCAGAUCAAAUAUCUUCAUCUGGAGGUGGGAAAAGUCCUCUGUUUUUUCUGCAAAGGUUCCGGAAGAAGCGUUCACCCUCAUUUCGAAAGCCUAGUUUGCGAAGACAAGGAUCUAAAGUUUUUGUCCAGAUAGAGAAACCUGAUGUCUCUCAGGAGAGAGAGAGGGUCGAACAGUUGCUACUUGAAUCUAGCACUAGUCAUGCAAUCAUAUGCGACGACCUCAAAAAGGUGUAUCCUGGAAAGGAUGGAAACCCUGAUAAAUUUGCAGUAAAAGGCUUGUCUCUUGCUUUGCCUCGAGGAGAGUGUUUUGGUAUGCUGGGUCCCAAUGGUGCCGGGAAGACAUCUUUUAUCAGUAUGAUGAUUGGGCUCACAAAACCCACUGCUGGGGCAGCUUAUGUUGAGGGUCUGGACAUACGGACAGACAUGGAGGGGAUAUACACCAGCAUGGGUGUAUGCCCACAGCAUGACCUGCUCUGGGAAACCUUAACAGGAAGGGAGCACUUACUUUUCUAUGGCAGGCUUAAGAACCUUAAAGGCUCUGAGCUGACACAAGCUGUGGAAGAAUCUCUUAAAAGUGUCAACCUGUUUCAUGGAGGAGUUGCAGACAAACACUCUGGGAAAUACAGUGGGGGAAUGAAGAGGAGGCUUAGUGUCGCAAUAUCUCUUAUUGGGAAUCCCAAGGUUGUUUACAUGGACGAGCCAAGUACUGGAUUAGAUCCAGCCUCAAGGAAUAAUUUAUGGAAUGUCGUGAAGCGUGCAAAGCAAAACCGAGCAAUCAUUUUAACCACACAUUCCAUGGAGGAGGCAGAGGUCCUAUGUGAUAGAUUAGGAAUUUUUGUCGACGGCAACCUUCAGUGUAUUGGAAAUCCAAAGGAGCUUAAGGGUAGAUAUGGAGGAUCGUACGUGUUCACAAUGACAACGUCUUCGGAUCGCGAGGAAGAUGUGCAGAAUUUGGUUAAGAAUCUUUCCCCAAAUGCUAACAAGAUAUACCAAAUAUCUGGAACCCAGAAGUUUGAGAUUCCAAAACAGGAGGUGAGGAUUGCAGAUGUGUUCCAGGCAGUUGAGAAUGCAAAGAGCAGAUUCACAGUGUUUGCUUGGGGUCUUGCUGACACAACUUUGGAGGAUGUCUUCAUCAAGGUUGCUCGUGGAGCUCAGGCUUUCAAUGUCUUCUCAUAAUUUAAUUUAUCAAACUUGCACGUUAAACUUAUUUAUGUUUGUAUUAUUUCUGUAGUUUGUGUAAUUACAUUCUAAUAGUUUUCAUUUUUGGAGUUGGUUUAAAUCUUUUUUGUUGUAUAUACAUAUUUUUUUUUUAUAAUAAUACGCAUCCUUGUAGAAAUACAA